AUGAGCUACGGACUCCUUCAGCUUCUUGAUCCGGCCAACGCGAUGGUGGAUAUUGUGUUUAUCCACGGCGCUCAAGGCGAUCGAAUAACGACGUGGACGAAAUCUGGAAUCUUCUGGCCGAAAGACUUCCUUCUACAUGACGUUCCUAGAGCUCGUAUCUUCACCUUUGGGUACGAUGCGAAGGUUGACCAUUUCUGGGACCCGUCGCAGAUUGAGAUCGAUCGGCAUGCACAUGAUCUCGUCGAAAGCUUAAUUAAGCAUCGACACAGAACGGAGACCAAUGACCGGCCGAUCAUAUUCGUUGCCCACAGCCUUGGAGGUCUUGUUUGUAAAAUUGCAGUUGUGAUGGCCGAGACGAGCCCUGAUAAGGAUAUCGUUGCCAAGCGCACUCAUGGAAUAAUAUUCUUUGGGACACCGCAUGAAGGGUCUAGUCAGGCAAGAUGGGCCGAAACGGGCCGGAAAUUUACUAAGUUGUUCGGAUUGGAUUCAAACCAAGACACUGCCAAACUACUUGAGGGCUCAGCUAGGCUGAGCGAACGUGAAGGGACGUUCAUCAAGUUCCUGCACCUGAGUCGCUAUGCAGAGUCAAAGGGCGUAAAUAGCAACGUUCAGGUAGCUUGCUUCUUCGAAGAAUUUGCAUCGCCAUUAGUGGACACAAUUGUAUCAUCUACUAUUCUCCAUGGCUACGAGGCGCUGUCAAUACCAGCUAACCACCAGGAAAUGUGUAAAUUCACAAGCAGGGAUGAAGUUGGUUACAAAAAAGUGUUGCGUCUUCUUGGAAGAUGGAUGAAGGAGCUAGCUUCCCGAGGUGAAACUAAACGCGGCAAAGAUGAUACAGAGACCAAACCUGAGCAAGGCCCAGUCACGGCUUCAGAGCUUCAGACACCAGAGACAACUAGCGAUUGGGGGACCCUGUCCUCUUACUUCCAAGGACCUGCAGCUAAGGUACACGAACCAUCUGACACUAUUGCCGGAGAUACGAAGGUCAUCCCGCCACAUGUUUGGUUCAUCAACCAACAUGCUGAGGACAUAAUCGUUGUAGUGUCAAAAUACCGCCUAGGUCACCUGCUGAGUGGUGUAACACCCGAUACGUCUGACACUGGUGGAGAUGUUAAGUUCAGCAACACGUCGUUCCUUGGUCCUGCUACCAGAAAGACCCUCCCUCCUCACGCGCGAGACCCUGAGAGAUCUAGUGCGGUAUUUCCCUUCUGGACGAGAGAGGACGGAUUUGGUGUCAUCAGUAUCUUUACCGGCCCGGACAAGAUAUUGUGCCUUGAGAAUGAUCAGGUGUCGGCUGGUUCUUGGAUAUACCUCAAACGUGAACCGGACUCGGAUAUUCUGGAAUAUGAUGAAGCAACCUCCCCGAAAAGUACCCCUCUGUUCCCUAUCGAGAUCAACGGGAACACGAUUGACCUAGAGAUCGAAGGAGCCACAGGCAGCAGUGCGCAGUCCAAUUAUAUCUUGGUCCAGAGUUGGAUGCCUCUUGCACUCUCACAGAUGAAAGAAUUGGAGAGCAUAGGCCUUAGCCUUCACAGGCAGGGAUACAAGAUCUCAGGAAGCCUGGGAAAGGCGGCGCGGAGUCCUCAGGGGCGUCAUUCCCGCAUUCCGCACGAGGUUGAUAUUGUCUUUCACGACGACGUGAAACCCGCAGGCCUCAGAAAAUCCAUCGCAGAAAUGGCGCAUCUGAGAGCAGACACUCCAGUUCGAUCAACACAAACUUCGGCACAUGAUCCAAGAGCAAUACCUAUACGAGCUAUCGUAAAGGUCCAUAAACUCGAGUCACGAAGCCACGUUGCGCGGGAGAUCCUGAGAGCCGAUGUCAGGGGGGACCCUGGUUCCCAGCCGAACCACACGUACGAGGGUAAAGAUGAGGUUGUUGCCGUCGCAGACACUGGAUUUGACAGCGGACAUAUCAAGAACAUUCACCACGCAUUUCUGGAUCAACAGGCCGACCUGAUAGAGAGUCGCAUCUUGUCGAUAUAUCCGCUGAGCAACAUCCCCUUAGUUAAUGACUUUGACGGCCACGGAACUCAUGUCUGUGGAUUGGCCGUUGGCAACGGUACAACAAGACAGGGAGUUGAGAUUAAAGGGACCGCUCCGAGGGCAAAACUCGUUGUUCAAUGCCUUGGCCCAGAUUUCAACGGAGUCCCAAGUGCUCUUGUGGACCUCUUUGGACCUCCUUAUAAUAACAACGGAGCGCGCGUGCAUAUAAAUUCCUGGGGUUUCGGUUGGAGUGGAACUCAACUUCGUUACGGGGAAGCCAACAGGGCUGAAGACAUCGGCCAAUUUGUCUGGGAUAACCCCGAUAUGAUGAUUUGCAUCGCGGCUGGUAAUAACAACAACCCCUAUAACCCAAAAUCGCCGCGGAAGCAGAUUGGAGCGGAAGCAGCCGCGAAGAACUGCAUUACGGUGGGUGCUACCGAUAACGACCUGGAUUAUCGCGAUGAAGUUGCCUACUUUAGCAGUCGCGGUCCCACUGUUGAAAGGCGCAUCAAACUCGACGUUGUAGGACCUGGCAUAUUAGUGCUCUCCGCGAAUUUCGCACACCAAAGACGACCAGCGUAUCCAUACGAUGACCCCUAUUGGUGCUUCAUGAACGGGACGAGCAUGGCCAACCCUCUUGUCGCUGGCUGUGCGGCUGUCCUGCGCGAGGCUGUCCAUGCCCAAGCCUUUUCACCGACAGCCCUUUGCUUGUGCAUGGAGCUUUCCCAACUCAACCCAUGGGACUGGCGAUGUCACAGCCCAAGUACAGGAAUAAAGAGAUGA